GUUGAGUACUGCUGGCUUUCUGCUUUACUAUUGUAGUGAAUCAUUAGCAUUUAUUGAGACAGAAUGUAAAUAGGUGGAACCAUGUUUCCAGAUGCGAUUUAGUUACCACAGAGAUGUCCUCUCCAAGAAAUGAUGGUAUGGGUUACAGUUUUGCUUUUGCUUUAUGAAGGUAUCAGGACUUCUUUACAAGAUUUGAGGAAAAGAAAUGAGAUAAUGCUGCUCUGGGCUUGCCAGUUUUAGGGCCUAAGACCAAGACUUUCACCCCUCUAGCUGUGGGCCAUGUGAGAAACAGUAGAUAGUUGUCAACCUUCAGGCUGCAUAAGCUUAGGAGACCUUCAGGUUUGUAAGAGGUAUAGUACAUUGAAGCUUCAAAUGAGCCAAACCUAGGCUAUGCUUAAUGCCUGCCUGCAGGAGGUAUAAUUUACCAUCUUCCCUGCAUUGUGAUUGAUGCAGGGCUGAAACAUGAUUAACCAGAAGGGCGUCGACUUAAAAUGGUAAUGCAAUUGAUUGGAGGAGGCAUUGGCAGGACUUGGAAACGCACCAGGUAUAAAAGCAGGUGGGAGAGGUGAGGCUUCAUUUUAUUUAUUUAUUUUUAAUUCGUAGGCGUAACCCUAAAAGUCGGGCGUGGCCAGAGAUAGUUAAGCCCCGCGUUUCGAAUUCAGGCGUGUCCUUUUCCUGGGCUGCGAUAGGCUGAUGGGGCCGAGAAUCCAUUUUGCAUGGGUCUCGAGAUUGGUCGGCUGGCGGGGCGGUGCCGUGCCAGUGUUGGUCUGGAGGGGGCGCUGAGUAGGGAUGGUGCUGCGGCCGUGGAAGUGGCGGCUGCCCGGGCUGUGAGCUGGGGCAGCGACCGGCAUGGGGCGGUGGCGGAGUCUGCUUCGGGCACUGUACGGUUUCUGCCUUCCUCUGCUGCUGCUGUUGCCGCCUCCGUUCUUGGCGGUCGGCGCUGCUGGAGAUCGCCCGCUGCAAGCGCUGCACGGCUGCUUAUUUGACAGGAGGCUAUGCUCUCAGCAGGAAGUCUGUGUGCAAGAUGGUUUAUUUGGCCAGUGCCAAGAAAGUUCAUUGCGAGACCAGCCCUACUUUCAAGUUACCACACCAGUGCUCCAGCGUUUGCAAGAUAUUCUACGGCAUCUUAUGGCACAAGGUUUAUCAUGGCAGGAUGACCUAACACAGUAUGUGAUUGCCCAGGAGAUGGAGCACAUCCCUAGGCUUUACCUUCCAUCAUCAUGGAAUUCUGCAGCUGAGGAUAGUUCAGCUAUCCAGAUGGCACUUUCCAGGGCAGUUCUGGUGGUCACAACCCAAAGCCUCCCAUUUUCUUAGACCAAGCUGCUCCUUCCAAGGCCUUCAUGAGCGCCAGCACGGCUCCUUUCUAUAGGGAACAGCAAGGGUUGGAUGGAAGUCAACUUUUCCAAGACUUGGGGGCACUUUACUUAACCCAGGAACAGACAGGUAAAUCCAGAAACAGGGCUGAAAACAAGCAAGAUCCCAAGAUAGAUUAUGCUCUUCAUGAUAAUCGUAACAACCUUGAAAACAGAGCAGAGUCUCAAGUACACCCAACAGAGCCAGAUAGACUUGUGCAGAGGCUUACAGCAAUAUUUGCCAACUAUGGGAUUAAACCACAGGAUGUAAUUCAGUUCCUUCACAGUCCCAAUAAACACGCUGGAAGACUUGAACAGGAGGCUCUGGAAUCCAAGCGGGUGACAGAAGCAGAAAUGCAACAUGGGGAAGAGCCGGAGCCAGUCCCAUCUCAAGAAGACUCUGUCAGUGUCAUUCCCACAGAGGGGCAAAUUCAGGCACAUGGGGAGACAUUUGGCUCAACUGGGGCCCCUAUGUCAAUGACAACAUCUCCCCCAGACUCACACAAGCCCUUAAGCCCCGCAGAAAGUGAUACCAGCAGCCCUGAGGAGCAGAUGGCAAUGAUGAAGAAGAGUCGCAUGGUAGUAGGUGUACUCAGUAAGGAUGUGGAACAGCCAGAGACACCACUGGCGGCAGAGGAAUAUGGCUACGUCGUCACAGACCAGAAGCCAUUAAGUCUUGCUGUUGGCAUUCAUCUCCUUGAGACGCUGGCUGAACGUGUUCACUUAUCUACUGCCAGCUUCAUCAAUAUCAG